AAUACUAGUGUCAUUAUCAAGGGUACACAGCUCACUAAACCAUACUUUUCCCGUAUACAACAUGCAAUCUUAGUGAUAAUACAAACCUUAUAUCAUAAAUGCACAAAAAUAUCUAUUUGAUAUUUUAUUUACUGUGGGACAGGUUCAUGAUAUUCUCACACCAAGUUAAAAAUUUGAUAUAACAGACAUGUUUUGAAUUUGAAAGUUUUUUCCUGAAACAAUUGUUAACUUGAUCCCAACAAGCUAUUCUAUCAAUAUUUUACACCAUUGUGUGAUGUCACAUUCAAGAUUAUGCAAUCAAAUUACAUUAAUUUGAAAUCGUCAAGCAAUACAGUGUAUUGUAAUACAUAGCAAGAGACGAGUCAGUAAACUUUGUCAAUAUUUCUUGUCUCUGGUUAUGAGCUUGCUGAAGAAAUUUUGAGCACUUUUACUUUAUUUUGGCUAUAUUAUAGAACAACCACACUUCAGGAACAUAAUGGGAGUCCACAUGUACAAUUGUUUCAGGACUUUUCUUUGAAGUAGAUGAAAGUUCAUUGUUAUAAAUUACUUAACAUAACAUAGAUGGCAUUGCAAAAUAGGAUCAUUAACAUUAGUAUGUCAUAAGUAGGAAAUUGUUUACAUUAUAACUGAUAAAUAAAAACGUAGCUAGUUUAAAUAUAGGAACACUUUAAAGAGCAUUUUUUCAUUAAAGAAAAUAUCUUGACUGAUCAUUGUAGCAUAGAUUAUAGAUAGAUUUAUCAUUUCGUUACUUGGAAACGAGGCCAAAAUUCUCAGUUUUGUUUUGGGCAACUGUGCAUGUUUCUCUAAGUCAACAUUGUCAAUGGUAUUUUCAAUUUCAAAACAAUCUAUAAUAUUGGAUGAAAUUUUCUUUUAUUUUACAAAAAAAAAUUUUUAACUUAUGAAAAUUGUAUUCAACAUUACUAAUAAAAGAUAAUAACGGCAGUAGGAAGAAGAACAGUACGAGAUCUGAGCCUUCUUUUCUACGUGAAAUAAAAGAUCCCGUGUUGUUUUCAUAUUUUUAAAAAUUGUGACAAAACGUUCAAACAUGAUAUACAAUGCGAUCUUUUCUAUGAAUGCAGCUCCGAAAUUUAUAAACGUUUUUUUUUGAGGACAACCACGCAGGGGACGGGACUUUAAUUACCGUGAGAUGUUUUCUUGCUUUGAAAUAUUUAUCUGUUUGUCGGUUUAGUGACUCUCAUUGCAAGCACAUAACAAAUAUUGUAAAUUUCUUAAUUUAUGUUAUUGAAAUAAGUAUCAUGACACAAUUAUUUUUCUAGAAACAAAACAUCUUUAGGGGAUGGCAAUUCGUUCCCGUUCCGUUUCUCUAAUUUUAAUUUGGAGUACACGUUUAUGGUUUCGGAAGAAAUAACAAAUAAUACUCGCAACUUUUGCCACUCUAAGGUUUUUGAAUGCGUAACUAGUGUCGCGUCUUUAAAAUUGCGAGGGCAAAUUUUGACAUCUGCCUUGACCCUAUCAAACGUCGCACUUAAUUAAUUAUUUCGAAAGCUUGAAAUGCAUUAGUCAGUCAAGCACAUUAUAUUAAACAGUAUUUAUAGUGGAGAGCGACAUCAUGUCAGGCACUUGACAUUCAGCGAAUAACAGUUGACGUAGAGUAAGAGUGGGACUUGGAUUAAACUUUGAAGUACUGACGAAAGAAAUUAUGACCCAAUUUUUGACAACUAUGUUAUAUCAUGGAUUGUUAUUAAUGGUUGUACGUGAAUUCGUGUUGCCAAUUGCUUCGCAUCAAGUCAAUGAUGGCAAUUACAUCGUUCCCCGGACAACUAUAGAACUAUCAGGCAGCUCAAACGCAUCUGGUGGAGGACAUAAGAAAAUAUGUCAGACAAAUCUGGACUGUGAAAUGUACACAAACAACCAAUGUUGCUUGACUAUAUCAGGCUUCUCAAAAUGUCGUAAACGUUGCAAGCCGAAAAAUAAAUUAAGGAAAUUCCGUCCUGGGAAAGGAAGUAUGUUUCUUUACAUUGUAAAAUCUUUAAAAGUCUUGCAUACACUUUUUUUCUCGUUAUUGUGACUGCGAAACAUUUUGGGAUAAGAACAUUAAACAGACCUUUGCUUCACCAGUCUUGUUUCGCACCAAUGAUUAGUUAAAUUUUUGAUUUUGCAGAAAUGAGGAAAAACAAAUACAAAAACAGUCAUAAAAUAAAAAAAGUUUUUAGUGAUGUUGGCUGUGUUGUCAGCUCAGAUGAAGUUUACAAAGAAGGAGAACUACUCGAAGCAAAAGAUGGUUGUAACGAAUGCCAGUGUAUAAGUGGAGAGUUGAUUUGUACACAAAGAUCGUGCACACCUGGAAGGUGUUGGUAUAAAAACAAAUUGUAUGACGAAGGAUAUCAAUUAUCGCUUCAUUAUGGUUGUAAGAGAUGCAUUUGUAAACAUCAAAAUUGGAACUGUACUGUCUAUCCAUGUUCUAAGAGUACAGAAGAGCUCAAGAAGGCCCAGAACUCGACAGGAGCAGUAGUAACCACAAUGAUUGUAAUGACAAUGUUUGUUACCAUCACAUACAUCUUGGUGCCGUAACUGACGUGUUAUUUUAAUCAUUACUUGUACAUACAUGACUUGAUGAGACAAUGAAAAUGUCUAAAGAAAUUUUUUUAUCCUCUAAAUGUACAUUGGUUUAUCUGUUAUUGAGAGAUUGUAAAUUCUUGCCAAUAUGUUAGCAUCUUAAUUAACUUCUGAAAACAUAUUGAUGGAAGAGCGCAUGUUGUUUUUUUUUCGUUAAAGCUGGUCGUAUAACAACUCUCUUUAUAGAGUCUUGGUUCACCGACAUCAACAAUUUACUCAUUAAAAAUGUUGAUCAUCUUUUAGAUUUUAAAGAUUAUCUUAAGACUGGUGUAAUUUGCAAACAUUAACACCAUUUACCGCUUAAAACGAUUUCAAAAAACGAUUUGGUUGAUAUUGCUAUAGAAAAACAAAUACUUGAGAUGAAUAAAAAUUUUAUGAAAAAAUUCCUCACCUUUCUCAUUUAAAAGGUUUUUCGCAGCUCAUCUUUAAAGCACAAAAUGAUACUCGUUGCGGAGGGUGUUUAUGCUUGCGUUCAAAGCUUUAUCAUGCUUGUGCUACAGUCAAUAGUGAAAAUUUAAAAUCCAUCAUUGCAAGUCAGCGAAUGUGUAUUUCGUUCAUGAAAGCUUUACCUUGGCCAAGAGGUUUCUGACACCAAAGUUGACUUUCUCCUCCUUUUCGCGUGCUUUUCAUGUCAAAGAUACUUCUGCUUUUACUCAAGUUUGGUUUGUAUUUUUUUUCUCUGCAAGACUGCAACCGCUCACAGCUUGUGUUGAACUGUCAAUCAAGCUGUGAGUUGUGUUAAUGAAGAAUGUGAUUGGUUAAUUAUGUUAGCAGGUUAAUGAGAAUUUAUUGAUUAUUGCACGAUUCAAAGAUGUUUUUGAGAAAAACUGUCGAAGGAUAAUAAGGCAACAUUUUUUUGUUUUUUUCAUGACAAUAAAAUUCAGCGUAAAAUAAAAAGUAUUGAAAGUAAGUCAUGUUUUUUAUAGCUGUCCUGUUUUUUAGGCAAUCCGUUGGAAAUAUUUUUGCAGCUUAGACCGUGCGUGAAGGAUUGUGGGUAGUGUAGCUAAAAACUGAAAAAUGCCGUCGACUUUUAAAGAAAUGAGUGAGAAGAUACAGGUAACGGAAGGGUGUAGAAUGCCUGUGAGAAUGAACGAUUCUGAUGAAUGGCCGCUUGCUGAAAUCAUCAGUAUUCGUGAAAACGAUGGCAAGAAAGAAUAUUAUGUGCAUUUUAUUGACUUUAACAAGCGUUUGGAUACUUGGGUCAGUGAGAAAUCCCUGGAUAAGGAGAAAUUGCAGUUACCUAAGAAGGAAGAGAGUAGAUCAAAAAGUAAGAUUAGCAAAGGAUCUGCUGGUACAAAGCCUGAAUCGCCAGAGCGAGAAACCACUGCAACUAAGAAAGGCUUAAUCAAUCGCAAGAGAAAAGCUGCUGCUAUUUCUGUUUCAGAAGAGGUUGAUGAUGAUAAUUCAGGCAAUAGUGUUAAUGAAAAAAUGAGUAAUUUACGGACUGGUGGAAGCAUGGUUCAUGAUCGUAGUCAUGAUGAUGUUGUCACUCGAAUGAAGAAUAUUAAGAUGAUUCAAUUGGGUAAACAUCUCAUACAACCAUGGUACUUUUCACCAUAUCCCGAGGAACUAACUAGAGUUCCAGUUGUUUAUCUUUGUGAGUUUUGUCUAAAGUUUACCAAGAGUAUGCACUGCUUGAAACGACAUUGGAGUAAAUGUACAUUACGUCAUCCACCGGGCAAUGAAAUCUAUCGGAAGCAAAAUAUAUCAUUCUUUGAAAUUGAUGGCAGGAAAAAUAAGUUUUAUGCUCAGAAUCUCUGCCUUCUUGCAAAAUUAUUUUUGGAUCACAAAACUUUGUUUUAUGAUACCGAUCCCUUUCUAUUUUACGUCAUGACGCAAUAUGAUAGCAAAGGCUUUCAUAUUGUCGGCUAUUUUUCUAAGGAAAAGGAAUCAACCGAAGACUAUAAUGUUGCUUGUAUACUUACUUUACCACAAUACCAAAGAAAAGGUUAUGGAAAAUUGUUGAUAGAAUUCAGUUACGAGUUAUCAAAGUUUGAAGGGAAAACAGGAACACCAGAGAAACCACUCUCUGAUCUCGGUUUACUUUCGUAUCGAAGCUAUUGGUCUCAAACUAUCUUGGAGAUUCUAAUAAACCUUCAAUCUGACGAAGGCAAUCAACCGAGCAUUACGAUAAACGAUAUUUGUGAACGUACAAGUAUUCGUAAAGAGGAUGUUGUUUCUACUCUACAACACCUUGGCUUAAUUCAAUACUACAAAGGACAGUACAUCCUUACAUUUACAAAAGAAGUUGUCGAAGGUCACAAACGUGCGAUGGCAAAACGCAAGACUCGCAUUGAUGCCAAAAAUUUACAUUGGACACCAAAAGAUUGGGCAAAAAGGGGCAAAUGGUAAAUCUCUACUUUGAUGUACUAGCAUGACUUUAUUAUUACUUGCUGGCAAAUCAAUAAUGCCCAAGCGCGUUUGCCAGGAUUUUGGCAAAGAUUUUGUUCUGCAGUAAUGCAGUUGUUCAAUAGUGGAUAUUUUGAUGCUUAAAGAGCAUUAAAAAUGCAACUUGAACCAACAGUUUUUCAUGAAGUGAAGAAACAACAGUAAGUUUAUUGUAAGUUCUUUGUUUGCUAAAAUAUUAUUCAAACAUCUAUACCUGAUUGGUUACUUAAAGAUUGUGAAACACAUGUUAAGGAUUUUGUGUGAAAUCAAAAGCAUAAUUUACUUAAAAAUAAAUAAAUGUAUGAUUAAUGUACAGUCAUAUCAAUGUAUAUAUUAGUAAAUAAGUAUUUUUUAAUGUACACAUUUCAUUGUAUUCUGUGGCUUAGCACAACCUUAAUCUUGCAACAACUGUAAAAAGUUAGUGGCCCAAUGUAAAUAAAAUAUCCCCUCCCUCCA